AUGUCGAUCAACAAGAUUCUCGCUCGUCAAGUAAGUAGGCCAUGAGCGCGGAUUUUCGCCGCUUAGCCUCAGGAGAGACUCUUAGCCCUUCUUUUUCCCUGCAAUCACUCUACUCAGAUUUUCGACUCUCGUGGUAACCCAACCGUCGAAGUCGACUUGUGGACCGCAAAGGGCCACUACCGCGCUGCUGUCCCCUCUGGCGCUUCCACCGGUAUCCACGAGGCCCACGAGGCCCGGGAUGGCGGCAAGGACUACAUGGGCAAGGGUGCGUGUUGUACUCUUGUUUUCUGAUCAUGGCGAUGCAUUCCUUUCCUGCGACCGCUCGCCAUGUUUGACCGCUCAUUGAUUCUCUUGUCCUGCAGGUGUGCUCAAGGCUGUGGAGGCCGUCAACGGAGAGAUUGCCAAGGCGCUCAUCGACGCCAAGGUCUCCGUCACUGACCAAAAGGCCAUCGACGAUUUGCUCAUCAAGCUCGAUGGCACUCCUAACAAGGCUCGCCUCGGUGCUAACGCCAUCCUCGGUGUCUCCAUUGCUGCCGCUAAGGCCGGCGCAGGCGAGAAGGGCAUCCCCUUCUACGAGCACCUCGCUGGUCUGUCCAACGUCGGCAAGCCUUACAUUCUUCCUGCUCCGUGAGUGGUGCCGGUGCGUGACAGACAAAGACGUAGACUGACACCUCGAAACAACGCCUGCAGCGCCAUGAACGUCAUCAACGGCGGCUCUCACGCUGGCAACAACCUGUACGUGCUAGAACCUCUCUUUCCCUGGCGUGCGCCGAAUUUCCAUCUGACCCGCUUACCCUAUCCGCUCACAGCGCUUUCCAAGAGUUCAUGAUCGUUCCCACCGGCGCGCAGACUUUCACGGAGGGUAAGUCUGCAUAUCUGCCGCUCGAGUACGCGCAGCAAGCCAGCUCACUUCGGAUGGGUGCUCUCGGCUGCAGCCAUGAAGGUCGGCUCUGAGGUGUACCACAACUUGAAGUCUGUGAUCAAGGCCAAGUACGGCCUUGACGCUACUCUCAUCGGUGACGAAGGAGGCUACGCUCCACCGGUCAAGUCCGCUGACGAGGCCCUCGAAUUGCUCGUCGAGGCCAUCAAAAAGGCCGGCUACGAGGGCAAGGUCCACAUCUCCCUCGAUGUUGCUUCUUCUGAAUUCUUCAAGGACGGCAAGUACGACCUCAACUUCAAGGACGAGAAGAACCCUAAGCUUGUGACUGGCCGUGAGCUGGCAGACAUCUACAUUGGCUACAUCAAGAAGUACCCCAUCGUAAGUGACCGAGGUGGAUGCGCGAGCCCCAAAGAUGACGACAAGCUUUUGCUUACUUGGCCAGCCGUGCGUUUGACUAGGCCUCCAUCGAGGACCCCUUCGACCAAGACGACUGGGAGUCUUGGAGCUACUUCCGCGCCAACUCGGGCAUCACCGUCAUUGGCGACGAUCUCACAGGUGCGAGCUGUUCAAAGUCACCUUUCCGCUUGCUCUUAAUGACCGAGAUUUUGCGCCUCUGCCAGUCACCAACCCUCUCCGCAUCAAGACCGCCAUCGAAAAGAAGUCUUGCAACGGUCUCUUGCUGAAGGUGAGUUGAACUCUAGGCAUCAAGGCUCCUGAGCCCAGACGCUGACUAGUCAUGGCCGGUGUGUAUCAGGUGAACCAAAUCGGCACCAUCUCCGAGUCCAUCCAAGCUGCACAGUUGUCCCAGUCCGACAACUGGGCCGUCAUGGUCUCCCACCGUUCCGGAGAGAGUGAGUUGACUUCAUGUCGUCUCGUGAGGCUAAAUUUCGUCUCUCACAUGCUUGACGCCCUCUUCGCAGCCGAGGACACCACCAUCGCCUCUCUCUCUGUCGGCCUCGGCGUCGGCAUCAUCAAGGCUGGUGCACCUUGCCGCAGCGAGCGUGUUGCCAAGUUUGUGAGUAAGGCAAAUGAAGUUCAAGAAGGUCAUAAUUGCUUCCACUGACCCCGCACGCCAUCUCAACUGCUCAGAACGAGCUGCUGCGCAUCGAGUCGCUCGAGCCUGAGGCUGUGUACGCCGGCAUCAACGGCUUCACCCAGGGUGACAAGGCACCCCAGGUCAUUGCCAACAAGAAGUGA